UUGCCCAACGUCCUAUAAAAGGUAAUAUCUUGCAUCGUGAUGGCUCGCUUCUUGAUUGGCAGUUGUGAUUGUUGAUAAACAAGAAACAGCUGAGAAACGGUACAGUUGGUUUUAAAAAAGUUUCAAAAUUUCUGUUAAAAUUGUGGCUCACUCUUAAUUAAGGGUGGGCAUAUGUUUUUGAGCAACAGCUUUUGUCGACUACCCAGGAAUAGAUAUGGUAAAGCAAGCAAGGAAGUAAUUUUGUAACCUUGAAAACUUUCCAAUUUCUUUGUGUUGCACAAUUCCGUCGGAUACAAAAAUAGUUCGGUGACCUGAUUUAAUUAUUCGCUCGUAUUAUUUUUGACUGUGAUUUGGAAUUAGUUUGUUUUUACAUAAUGAGUAACGAGCGAAAUGCUCCAAGUCAACCUCAAGACACGGGAGGGCCUGCAAGGGUAAGAACUACAAGCGAGUGUUCAUAUACUAGUGACGAUGGAAUUGCUUCUGCUUUCACUGGUAAAAGGCAGAGGACAACAUCUCAAACAUUUAUGGUUACAAGCGGAAUGACUGCAGCAUCUCCACCCAAGUUUGUUUCUCUGGAGGAAAUCAUGCAAGCUGCUAAUGGAUUGAGGGAUAUGAAUCUCGUUCAUCAAAUUGUAGUUGAUGAAAAUUUUCGAUUAGAAAAAGCUGAUCCAGAACCAAACACUGUGCAAAAGGUUAUAAAGGAUACAAUGAAUAGGGCAUUUUGGGAUGUUCUCAGGUCUCGAUUAGCUGAUGAUCCUCCAGAUUAUACUCAGGCGUAUGUUUUAUUUGAGGAAAUUAAGCAGGGAUUAUUAGAUCUUCUUCUACCUCAGCAUACAAAAAUCAAGCAGCAAAUAUGCGAGGUGCUCGACCUUGAACUUAUUAAGCAGCAAGCGGAAAAAGGUGUUUUAGAUUUUAAGUAUUAUGCCCAAUAUGUAAUUUCUAUUAUGGCUAAAAUGUGCGCUCAAGUUAGAGAUGAUAAAAUCAGAAAGUUAACCGAAACCACAGAUGUAGUUGAUACAUUUAAAGGCAUUCUAGAGAUGCUUGAACUUAUGCAACUAGAUAUGGCCAAUUUUACAUUGCAAAUGAUAAGGCCAGAUAUUAUUAACCACAGCGUGGAGUUGGAGAGGGAGAAAUUUGCAAACUUCCUUAAAGUCCAAACAGAUGGACUAGAACACACAAAAAAAUGGCUGCUGAAAUAUGUCAACACUGAAAUUUCAUUACCAAAAGAUGUAGAGUAUGAUAAAUUCAUAAGGACAUUCUCAAAAAGAGCAUUCUGGCAAGCUUGUACUGACCUGUUAGACUGGGAUAGAUCUCAGCCUUACCCAGAAACAUUUAUUUUGGACGAAGAUCGUCUCUAUGAUCUGCAAAUUAGAACCUUCCGUUUAGUGGCUUGUGCCACAAUUCUGUUGGUUACAUUAAGUAAUGCGGGUGCUGAUUUACAAUCAAUUAGCGCAUUCAAAUAUGAAUUGAAGGAACAUAUUUCAAUUUUACUGCAGCCACUCAAAACGGAUGUUGAAUUAACUGCAAUAUUGCCUAAUGUUGCCGAACAGGUUGUAAAUGAUGUAAAGGAAGCGCAGAAAAAGUAUGAACUGACUGAGUUUGGACAAACCAGAGAAGCAACAUUAAAGGAACUGAUUAUUGAUAUAGGAAGACAGGAUCAUCAGGUCAAAGCAAUAAUCAAACAAAGGGUGAAAGACUUUUUCCUAGAUAUAAUAGAGUCGGCCACGGCUGCACCACAGAAAGUGCCUUCGGGACUCACUGCUUUCCAAAAAGAGCUGACAGGAAUCGCAGGUCAAUUUUUGCGCAUUGUUUCUCACAACAGCACAGUUUUUUGUAUUUAUUACUAUGAUAUUGUAUCUGAAGCACUGCCCAAAACUUCUUAGAUGAUUUAUACUCGAAAAGUAUUAUUUUAUCGUACUAUCUUAGUAGUCCAACAUGAGACUUUAAAUAACCAAGUUAGAUGUAAGCAUGCUGAUAAUAUGUGAAUAUUUUUAGCAGCAAAAAAAAAUGACUUAAUGAAGGCUUAUUUUAAACUUAAGAAUUUUAUUCGGUAUUGAACAUAUGAACAUCAUUUACGCUGUGCCGUCUUCCUUACUCUUUUUACAGUGUUCUCCAAAACUACACACUUUCAAAACCUCAGAUUAUUGAAGUUAUGAAAAUGGGCAUUUUUUGAUUAAUUUAACAGGUCUUAGCAAAUCAAAUUUUCUUGCACUUCCACUUAAUCAGAUAACUAUUAGAUAAUCAAUACUAUAAAAAUUGAUACUCCCGGUCUAUGACAUUUUCAUAUACUGCCCUCCUAAAGAUAGGUGCGAUAUCUUCAAGGAAUAUGUGUUAUGUUAGGUUAUUAAAAAAGCACGUCGCAAUUCUCGCCUCACCCUUGAAGAUACCACAUCUAUUAGCAGCAAACACUUUACGAUUUUUUAUUUUUUGUUUCCAUUUAAUUUGUCCACAUACGGAAACAGUGAUUAGCUUGAGCUAGAGGUUAAUGUUUUCUAAAAUGGAAAUCGUCUUUAGUAGAUAAAAAUUUCAAAAAGUUACGUUUCCUUCGCAAAAAAAGAAUUAUGUCUAUAACAAAAUAAAAAGCAAAAUUUGUUUCAUUUAAUUCAUUCAUUUAAUAAACUUGCCAAUCAGCAAGUUCGAUUCAUCAACAACUGACGCUUCCUCCUCCUGAAGUUUCUUAAAAAAAAUUAAAUUAUAUAUAUAUAUAUUUAUUAACUAAACUAAUUUUUUAACAUCUAGGUAUUAUUUACAACCCUUGUUUAUUUUCAAAUUUUUAAUAUGCGUUAAGGCUGGUUCUCAUAUAAGCUUCACCAUGCUUCACUACACUUCGCUUUGUGAAAAGGCUUUAAUUUAGUGAGAUGAACUGCUACCUAAGAAAACAAGGAAGUCUUUUUAAUACUACAUUUUGACGAGUGAUGAACUGAAGAGUACUGAAGCACGGUAAAACUUAUCUGAGAACUGGCCUAUACUUGAAAAGAAUCAAUAAAUUCUACUACAUACCUUAUUUUUUCUUAUGUUAUGUACUAAUGUGGUUAUAAUCCAAAAAACUUAUAUAACUAUUCGUUAUAUAUAAAAAAAAAAUGCUACUGCUACUCAUUCUUAGGAGGGCAGUAUAGCAGGAAACGAUUCUUCGCGCAUGUACCAACAUUUCACGAUUAAAUCAACCCCAGCUUUGCGCCAUUUUUUACAGCCACAACUACCUUGGGAUCUGGAUAUAUUUUGACCAAAAAAUGCGACGGGCAAACUAGAAACUGUCAAAUUUACGAACUGUUAGCGGCCAUGUGCAAUACUGCAAACCAUAUAAAGUCGAUUUCUAUUCAUAGAGGCGUAUUUUUUACUACACUUCAACUUUUGUCUCUAGUUGUCGGUAGUCCGGUCGUCUGACUGCAUGCCGACUGCAACGUUUUUCUUUUUACACGGAUCGUUUUGGAAUGUAUCCCAGGCAACAAGUGCACUUUUUGCUUCCGCAGUUGACAAAAUAGAGAGGUUUGAUGCAGAUAGUUUUAUUGCUGAAAUAUUUUGAACCACACUGUAUAGAUUCACUAUAAUGUAUAUCAUUUUGUCAGUUUGACGCUAUAGUACUGCUUACUUUUUUUUAUAAUUUUACCUUGAUGUUCGUAUAAGAAUAUUCCUCUAUUUUUACAUUCCAUAGCGGCGAUAGUCUAUCAGACAAGAGACUGAGGAUGUGGUUAUUUCAUUAAUUCAAUAUCGAACGCCGCCUUCGGAAUGCUAGUAUGACAUCUACAAAAAAAUUAAAAUUAACCAAAAACGCUAAUAGUCAUUUUCAAGAAUUAUGGUUUAUAGUUUUCAAUAACUUUUAAAAUCGAAAGUAGAAAUCCAGGUCCCUAUUUAAAGAAAUUGUUUAAAUAGCAAAAAUAUUUCAGUUAGUAAUUGAAUGGCGCUUGCUUGCUUCUAGAGAUUUUUGGUUUUGGUUAGGAAUUGGAAAAAACUGUAAAAAUGGAUUUUAGAAAAUAUUGAAAUUUCCAACGUAUAGAAUUACUGUCUUCUCAUUUUUAUCUGAACUGGAGUUGUGCGGUUUUGAAAUGUGGCUAUAUUACUUUUUCAUUUUUUUAAAAAUAUCUGGGUAUGUAUUUCUUAUACCCUAUAAAUUUUCAAUAUAUAAUAUUUACAACUAUCAUAAACUUUAAAGUUAGUUUUCAAUCUUCAUGUAUUACAUCGUUAACUAUUAAAGUAACCAGUAUAAUUUUCAUUAUAUUGAAAUUAUAAGAAAAAUAAAUUUCAUUUUACUGUUAGAGGCGAAAAGCGAUAGCGAAAUCCAUUUUAUAGGUUACAGCACACCUUAAA